AUGCCGAAGGUCUUUUUCAUCACUGGUGCUGGGAGCGGGAUUGGCCGAGUCACAGCUCGCUAUUUGCUUGAGCGCGGAUAUCGGGUCUUCCUAACAGAUUAUAAUUCCGCCUUUCUCGACGAUACAUGCACGAAGCACCUACCAUCGGCUCUUAGCCCUGAGUUCCAAUCAAACUUCAAAUGGGCUUUGAUGGAUACCACCAAUCACGCCCAAGUCGUCGAUGCUAUCAAAAAAUGCGCAAAUGAGUUUGGGUCAAUUGAUGUUCUUAUCAAUAAUGCUGGAAUCAAUAGCCAAUAUAUGCGGGCUGGGAUCCGUAUGGACCAAGUACCAACAUCGGACUUUGAGCAUGUUCUUCAAGUGAAUCUGGUAGGUACUUAUCGUGUAUCUCAACAAGCAAUUCCAUACCUUGCGAAGUCUCCCGGAGGGGGUGUAAUUGUCAAUCUUUCCAGCUGUCGCGCAACGCAACAAGGGAAACAUGGUGAAGCAUAUACAGCCUCGAAAGCGGGGAUUGAAGGCCUUACCAUGGCAAUGUCUGUCAGUCUCGGUCCAGACAUUCGAGUUCAUGCCAUCAGCCCUGGUAUGGUUGACGUUCGAUCUGAACGCGAUGAAAGCGCCCUGCCAGAUGUGAACACAAUUCGCGAAGAUCUUAGUAGAGACUUUCAGAGUGAACAUGCUCCUCAAUGGGGAGCUGGGAAGAGUCAAGCGUUGCAUGACGCACAUCCAGUUGGUAGGAUAGGGAAAGGAGAUGAUGUCGCAAGAUGGAUCGAAUUUUUGUCUGUCACCGAGGCUGGUUUCACUACUGGAGGAACAUAUCUAGUCGAUGGAGGCUACUCGAAAACCUUGGUUUACCCUAAUUAG